AUGGCCACGACGGCGAGUCUGCCCGCAUACCUACUGCCAGGCGUGGCGGUUCACCAGCCACCCCAUCUUGAGGGUGACGCCAGUCUUGCUACAGAGAUUCUCCCAGGUCCUCCCUCCGCUGCGUCUGUUCAGCAAAUGACUCUCAAGCGCGAUCCUAAAAAACCCUCUAUGGCGUAUUCUUAUCUUCCAACAUCUGAUCCUGGGUCGACGUAUUCUGGACUUAUGCAUGGCACAUUAAUUGGGCAGGACCAUGAAGGGCCUCGCACCAAGCGAUCCAGAGUGGACAGAGGAGCUGCCACCGGGAGGGCUCAACGAGCUUCCGCUCGUAAUCAAAGCGGCAUGACUGCUGCUAGUGUGGAUCCUUUGAUACCGCUGGAUCCUGCAACGACCUCAACAUCGCAGCUUAUUGCUGUUGAUUCGGACCCGGGAACCAUCACCUUGGAAGAAGAAACCGGGUUUAUGUCAAGGUCAGACUCAUCCCUCAACUUACUGGAUCCUUCUUCUUCGACGUCAAACGGGAGGGUAAAACGGGGGGAUAAGGUGAAAGGAAAGGACGUUGAGACCCCUCCGCUUCGCGUGAAGGAGGAGCCCAAGUCUUUCUCUCUCAACACGCCUGAACCCCCUAGUAACUUGCUCAACAACGAGGACCACUGUUCAGCUUGCCGUUCAUUCGGCUCAUUAGUCUACUGCGACGGCUGCCCUCGAGCGUUCCACCUUUGGUGCCUCGACCCUCCCUUAGAGGGUGUCGAUGAUGCCCGAUGGUUUUGUCCCACGUGUCUGGCUCGCAAGCAUCCUCCUCAAAAACCCCCACCAUCACUGCUCUCUGCUCUUAUUCGCCGGCUACAGACAACAAACCCUGUGGAGUACCAGCUACCCGAAGAAAUACGGAUAUUCUUCAAAGAUGUUGCUACUGGUCCAAAGGGAGCCUACGUUGAUAGUUCAGAACUAAAGCCACCCCGCAUAAAUCGGCAUGGCCUUGUUGAAGACCGGGAUCCUUAUCGGCUACGGGAUAGGAACGGAGGGCCGGUUCUGUGCUUUCAAUGUGGAUUGUCGGCCCUCCCCAGUAACUUACCCGCGACGGCCCCUGCUGCAAAACGUGCCCGAAAAUCCACCAAAUCCUCUUCUCCUGAUGCGUGGAAAAGUAUUGUUUCAUGUGACUACUGUAUCUUGCACUGGCAUCUCGACUGUCUUGAUCCACCUUUGUCUGCAUUGCCCUCCAUCAACAAGAAAUGGAUGUGUCCAAAUCAUGCUGAAAAGGUUAUUGCACCGAAACGUCGCGUUCCACGGCAACACGCUCCUCCCAUCGAGAUCACUAAGCCACGCCAAUUCAAUAAUGGGAACAUCGACAUCAUCCAUCCUGAAUACGUGCCUAGUGUCCCCAGCUCCACUGUGCCGGUAGACGAGGUCUUAAUCAACGGACGUCGUUAUCGUGUCCCGGAAAGGGCGAUCAUCCUCGAUUUCUGGCAUAAACUCAAUAAGUGGGAUGAGCAUAUCCCCAGAGACGAGGACGAUACGUCCGGGGUGUCUUCUCCCUUGACAGAGCUCAGUUCUUUGGACGGCUCUGUAGACUUCACGGUGCAAUCGUCUACUCGGCAUUCCAAUGGGGAACUGGAUGAGCUUUCCGCGGCACAAUUAUUGUGCGAUCUUUCUGCGCGACAAUCGGAGGCUUCUCACGGUCGGGGCAAGCUGAGGAAAACUUCCGACCGUGGUGUUCAGACGGAUUGCGACCUUCAUAACCCACCGUCAGUGGCGAAGAAUAAAGUUGGGCGUCCUCGGAAACAUCCCUUGCCCGUCGAACCUACAGUCAAUGGUGUCUCCAGACCCGCAGUGAAUCGAGCAAGCGAGUCCGCAAACACUUCUUCGAGUGUCACAGUUUCUGCCGUCAGACGGAGACGAGCCUCUCAGCACGUCAUUCAUGAAACUAGCAACCGGGAACUGCGAUCUCGGAGUAGACAGCACAACGACACACCUGUCACAAGCAUCUCUUCUCGUAGUUCCCUUAAGCGAUGCGAGGAACCCAGCAAAGAUAACUCUCCUACUAUCGCUCUUGUAUCCCCCUCAACUGUCACUGCCCAAUCAAAAGGCAAGAUAGUGAACGUCAAGUUGGAGGAAGUUGAUGGCCCUUCGCUCAUUAGUUCGUGGUCAUCUCAAACUCCGACAGUCUCCUCUAGCGGAUUGACAAAGGUUUCUCGCACUGUUCGAGCCUCUCAAGCAGCACAGAAAGUAAGCAGCAAUUCCAUCAAGGAAACCAAAGAGAAAAGGGGGAGAAAACGGAAAAGCAGAGACGACGAGGUCCCGUGCACAGACGGAGAGAACGGUUCUGAAAGCAUGCGAGAAUUUGGGAAAACGCCGAAAGAGGAGAAAGGCGGUAAAAUUGAGAAACCCGAAAGAGAAGCGAAGAAAUCUGUCAGAACACCAGCGAGACAGACGCAGUUGAAUACUGUCAGUCAUGCGACGCCUCCACCAUCCACUAUCACUCUCACCUCUCCUUCGUUAUCGAUCACGCCUUCUCUCAAGAUUCGCCUUCCACGUCUCAGCAACCUCACCGCAAGCAACACAUCUUUCUCGUCGACUCCCCAUCCAGACACACCCAUUCGACGUUAA